CAAUCUCUGCGCAGGACGUUCCAAACAAUAAACGCGUGCGUGCUCGCGGAAACGGUAUCGCUACGUUUUCGCAGAAUAAUUUUCGUUAAAAAAGAAAAUUCUCCUAUCGAUACUCCAUUCGGAGAAUCGUAAUGCGAAAAGCGACAGUACGAUCUCAUAGAUAAAAAGAACAAUCGAAUCGAGAGAGAAGGAUACUUUUGUCAAAGAUCUAAGCAGGGCUGUCGCGUGUCCUUCGACGAAAAUAAAAUGGCAGUGAUUUGCGGCGUUGAUCACAGUCGAGAUGAGUGACGUUACCUUAAAAGGGCAUGAUACUCUAGGAGAAUAUUUCUAAGAGGUUCCAUCGUACGUUUUAUUUUGUAGAAAAGAGAGAAAAAAUAAAAGGAGAAAGUGUAGAAUUCGUUUUGCGCUAAGAUGGCUUGCUACGCUCUCGUACGGAAAAAAUGUUGCUGACUUUGUUCUCGUAAUAAGAAGAGUUCGAGGAUCCUGCGCGGUCGCACAUGACGGGAAGGCGAAAAGAAAAAUAGUCGAUAAGAAUAUUCGUUGUCAAGAUCGAGGAAAGUCUCGGCUCUUAGGAGAGAUGAGGUCGUACGACGGGGAGAGCAGUUCGACCGAGGACGACGACCGUAGAGAAAGCAUACCUUCCGAGGCUCAUUUACAGCAAGGAUCCUGGCAACGUUCCGCGUCUCAUCCUACGUGGGCUUGGGAACAUCGUGCUGCUCAUCCAUUGGCUCCACCGUCGGCGGCAUCCCUCGAGUCUAUGUACUCCGCACCGGGAGUGUCUCAUCCGAGCGUUUCCGGUCCACCAACGAGUUACUCGAGCACCGAACAUCCAGCGGCGGCAGCGGCAGCAGCGGCGGCAGCGGCGGCGGCACAGGCUGCUCCAGGACGAAGGACUCCUUUGGGGGCCGUAGGUCUCGGUGGAUUUUAUUUUCAACAGCAACCACAACCGCACGCUUCCUCGAGCGCUUUGUCCGACGAAAAUAGGCCCGAUCACGAGAGACCCGGAGCAUCCAGACUCAAUUGCCCGCCAAAAUCAAAAACCACCCGCCAGGGGAAAAGCGUUCGAUUGAAUAUAAAUGCGAGGGAACGCAGAAGAAUGCACGACUUGAACGACGCUCUGGACGAACUUCGUUCGGUCAUUCCUUAUGCUCAUAGUCCGUCCGUAAGGAAACUUUCGAAAAUUGCCACCCUUCUGCUGGCGAAAAAUUAUAUUUUGAUGCAGGGAAACGCGCUAGAAGAAUUAAGAAGAGUAAUAGCCGUCUUACAAUCGCCCCAUGCUCACACCACGGCUUUACCACCUACACCCGUCUCCUACGAUCUUCUUCAAGGAUUCCCUGGGAAAUUGUUUCAAGGCGUUCAGGAGAUGCAAGGGCUUCCUGCGGGUGAUCCACAAGUUGUAACGUCAGGCGGCCCGCCCACCGACGCUACCGUUGCCAGUGGAGAAUCGAAUUAAUAUUUUUUUAAACUUUCCUCGACUCUUUCAUAGACAUAUACAUACAUUAAUACGUGCGAUCAUUGAUCGAUCGAGACAAAAUUCCCUACGUAAAUUAGGUUUCGUUUUGAUAUAUCGAAAUGAUCUUUCGACUCGCGCGAACAAGUUGAUCUCUUUUAGAAAUAUAAAUUGAAAAAGUAGCAACUAUAUAAUAUGAUGUAAGAUUAAGGGAACGAAAGUAUUAGACGAUAAGUUUUAAUCGUUAGACGAGUAAAACUCUAACGCAAAAUCUCACGAGAGAAGAUCUAUAAUUCUUCUUGGAUUUCGCUCUAUGUAAGCGCAGAUAAUUUUUCAACGACGUUCGUUCAAAAAUUGUUAAGGAAUGAUCGAGAGCACAUCGAGGGUUGGGUUAUACUAUCGUUGAUAGCCUUAAGAAGAAAGUUAGCGAAAGUAUUAUUAAUUAAGAGUAAGAAGUAUUUUCUAGUCCAUGAAAACCUAAUCGAGCAAUAAGAUGACGUGCGUGAUUUGGUCUUUCUCGUCGAGGGACGAAAAUCAUGCAGGACGAUAAACGAAACUUUAAAGUCCAGCCUGCAACAUGAUAGUCAAUAUAGGAUGUGAUAUAUGUCGAGGUAUUCCAGUCAUAGAGUACAUAAAGAUAUUAAAUAUUCAUAUACAUACAUAUAUAUAUAUAUAUAUAAAAAUGCAUAAAUAUAUUUAAUAAUUUAAAGGA